AGGUACAUUAUGACUGGAAGCCCCACACGAGUCUGUGAAGUUGGUGGCUGGAGUUUACAAAACCCAACAUGUGACGCUGUUGUUUGUGAUGACCCUCCGACAAUAAAAGGUGGAGAAUGCAGGUCAGACUCGGUACCCUCCUUGGGAGUAGUUGCGACUUGCAGAUGUUUCAAUAAAAGUGAGCAUCUGAUUGGUAUGCAUACUAUUCACUGUACUGCCUUGGGGAAUUGGAGUCAGCCGCUGCCUUAUUGCAAAGAAGUACAUUGUUCUAAUCCCGAGGUGGAAAAUGGAUACAAAGAGUCUAAUUUUGGACCAAGCUAUACAUACCAAGACAGUGUUUCCUUUAAAUGUAAGGAAGGAUUUAAGAUGUAUGGUGAUUCGUCAAUCACCUGCUCAGAAAAUAACACGUGGGUUCCCCCACCCCCUGAAUGUAAAACUGAAGUGAACUGCCUUUAUGCUUAUUUGGGAGCCAAUUCAGUUGCUGAUUCCAGUUUUCUCCUUGGUGGUGGUUGCAUUGUUACUGUUGUGAUCGGUUGA